AUGUCGACCAACAACGUCUCUUCACCGUUGUCUUCCUCUCGCCAAGCCUUGCCGAUGACCGACCCAAUCAUCACCAACCCCGACAUCUUCUUCUCACUCACCAAGACCGAUGAACCAAAAUUCCCCGAAACCCUCCCUCCGCCCAACAAUUAUCAAGAAAACGACGCCACCAGAUCACUACAGGGGAGACAACGAGACUGGUGUGGCCUUCUACUAUUGCUCGAACUGCACCAAGACCUGGGCGGUGGUAUGGAGGGAGAAACCACAGAUCUCUACCUUGUCGGUGUCCCUGGCCGACUACGAAAAAUUGGCGAUGGUGAGUAA